GGGAAAAGAGCCUCAGCCGGAGCGGGCAGAAUCGAAGAUGGAGUGGCCGUGAGCGUGGACUGAGCGGUGCCUGCGCUGCUGUUGCCGCCGCCCUUGACCCGCUUUUCUCGCCGGGCUGCUGCAACUGCUUUGGCGCCCUCGCGAUGGAGACGGUGCAAAUGCGCCACCCGCGCCGGCAGUUACGGAAGUUAGAUGAAGAUAGUUUAACAAAGCAACCAGAAGAAGUGUUUGAUGUUCUAGAGAAGCUUGGAGAAGGGUCCUAUGGCAGUGUAUUCAAAGCUAUCCACAAAGAAACUGGUCAAGUUGUUGCUAUUAAGCAAGUUCCUGUCGAGUCAGAUUUACAGGAGAUUAUUAAAGAGAUAUCCAUAAUGCAGCAAUGUGAUAGUCCCCAUGUAGUCAAAUAUUAUGGCAGCUACUUUAAAAACACGGACCUCUGGAUAGUCAUGGAAUAUUGUGGUGCCGGAUCUGUGUCAGAUAUCAUUCGACUGCGAAAUAAAACGUUGUUGGAAGAUGAAAUAGCUACAAUAAUACAAUCAACACUCAAAGGACUAGAAUACUUGCAUUUCAUGAGGAAAAUACAUCGUGACAUAAAAGCUGGCAACAUACUACUCAACACUGAAGGACAUGCUAAGCUUGCAGACUUUGGGGUAGCAGGCCAACUUACAGAUACCAUGGCGAAAAGAAACACUGUGAUAGGAACUCCAUUUUGGAUGGCGCCAGAAGUGAUCCAAGAAAUUGGCUACAAUUGUCUGGCAGACAUCUGGUCUUUGGGCAUUACUGCUAUUGAAAUGGCUGAAGGAAAACCACCAUAUGCUGAUAUUCACCCAAUGAGGGCAAUUUUCAUGAUUCCUACAAAUCCACCUCCAACAUUCCGAAAGCCGCAACACUGGUCAGAUGAAUUCAUGGAUUUUGUAAAACAGUGUCUCGUGAAGUGUCCGGAGCAAAGAGCCACUGCUACACAACUGCUUCAGCAUCCAUUUGUAAAAAAUGCCAAAGGAGUCUUUAUUCUGCGAGAUCUAAUUAAUGAGGCAAUGGAUAUUAAACUAAAGAUUCAGGAAGCUCAGCAGCGUGAGUUGUAUCAUGACGAUGAAGAAAAUUCAGAAGAAGAUGAAACUGAUUCUAGGACCAUGGUACGGGCGCGGGGACAGGAGACAAACACAAUCAGAACUGCUUGUGGAAUGAGCGAAGGCAUUAAUACUAUGAUAGAGUACAAUGACACUUUGGAGUCGCAACUGGGCACAAUGGUCAUCAAUGCAGAAGAUGAAGAUGAAGGAACAAUGAAGAGGAGAGAUGAAACCAUGGAGUCUGUUAGACCGUCUUUCCUUGAAUAUUUUGAACAAAAAGAAAAGGAGAAUCAGAGAAACAACUAUGGAAGGCAGGUGCCUGAGAGACAUUCCUCAGAAUGGAGAGUGCCUUUGGAUGGUGAUUAUGAAUUUUUGAGGAACUGGACUGUUGAAGAACUUCAGAGGAGACUCGGCGCACUUGACCCAAUGAUGGAGCAGGAGAUAGAAGAAGUUCGACAAAGGUAUCAGUCUAAACGGCAGCCAAUUCUUGAUGCCAUUGAAGCAAAGAAAAGACGCCAGCAGAAUUUCUGAGAAAUGCUCACCGGUAGAAUAGAUUUCCAUCAUCCCUAACAAUAAACUGUGCUUGUAUGACUGUAGAUGGAUUUCUGUUUAAAAUUUGUUAGCAAAGCAGAAGGCCAGUGUCUUUCCUCCUUUUUAUUGUAGCAACUUUUCAAACUCAGGAAUGGCAAAUCCUCAUGAACAGGUAAUGGGGUGUUUCAGUGUUUUAUGCAUUUUUAAGGAGGUUGCAUGUUGCUUCAGGUGAGUUACGUUACUGUUUAGAGCUUGUUUUUGUCUGACGACUCUGAGGAACAGUUGGAAGUGGAUUAAUUAACACAGCUUCAGUCACUUUCAUUGGCUCCUCUUCUGCUGCUUUGAGUUUGUUUUUUACAAGAGUAUUGAAGUGCUUCAUUUCUUUCUGAAAGUUACAAAGUGCAUAAAAUGGCCUAACUUGAGGUUGUGAGUUCUGUGAAAAUGGAAACUUUGCAUACUUGUAUAUCCACCUAAACUUGAAAGGAGGGAGAUGCAUCAUUACCUUCAUCUAUUAUUUCCUGUCCCUCAGGGCUACCAAAAGCAAACACUGUGUAAUGAACUAAGCCUGAGUUAAACUGUGCUAUGCUACUGUUUUAAUGGUACUGUGAAACAAUUUGAAAAAAGGAAACAAAACUUCCAAUUUUUAUCUCUUCCAAAAGCCUAUAAAAGCCCCAAGCCUUAUAUUGCCAUUCUUAGUACAUCAUAUUUCAAGGCUAUCGUGUGGUUUUUUACCCUGUGCAUGCAUACUUUGAGUGAAUGCUUAUACCUUAAGUGAUUUCUUGUUUUUUUUAAAAUGUGAAAGCAAUCAAUCGCUGAACACAAUAUAAAUCCCACUUCCUGCUUACUGCAGAGGAGCAUCAAAGUAUUUGCAACUCAGGAAAUUAGGAACUCUAUUGAGAUAAUAAGAGGCUUAAAAUAUUUAAGGAGUUGUUAACUUUUAUGGGCUUUGCUUAAUUUGUUUGCAACUUUCAGUGUUCAUUUAAAUUUAAAUGGGGUGCGGUUACGGUGUGUUUUGGGGUUAUUGGUUAAAUUUAAAAUAACUACCUCUUGAUCCCAAAGAAUACCUUUGACUUGACCUUUGAGUUUAACAAAGCAGUUAUAUUGAUUUUGGGCAGAGUCCCCUAGGAAUCCUGGUUGGGAAAUUAAAUGGGAAGUGUGUAAAACCAAGCCUUACCUCUCCCACAAAUCACAUUUGUUAUUGGUGCCGGAGUUCAAGGUUGAAUCAUGCGUGUGAGGUUAUUUAUGCCAUGUCUGGAUUUCACACCUCUCAUGGACGUCCAGAUUUUAUGGAAGUCACUGGCAUUUAGUGGCCAAGAUCCAAAGAGGACCCUGGCAGAGGUACACUGAUUUUUCCUCUCCAGGAGCAACUGGUUGAGCCUCAUGGAAUUAUUCUCUGGACAGUUCCCUGAUUUUUCAGAGGUGUUUCUUCAGGUAUGGGGAUACCAUUCCUGCUUCUUAAGGCCUGGAAGCAUUACUUGUGAGAGCGUACCCUGGUUGUCACUUGCUAUACCUGAUUUCUUCGACAAGCUACUUCUCCACUUGAGAAAUUCAGCUUUGGUAGGAUCCGUUCGGGUACUUCCUGCUGUAGGAUGCUUGCAGUCCUAAAGGAAUCUAAGUUUUGUUUUCCAAUUGUAGUAUUAUUUUCCAAUUGUAGUAUUAAUACCUGUUGCAAAACAAUAGUUCAAAUUGCUGGGUUUUCCCUUUCGAAGUUUAGCUUACGCUGCAGUCCUAGAAAAAGCCAAACAGCCCAUUAACAGAUAUUGGCAGUGUACAAAUGCAGUUUCUGUGAUGCAAAAGGAAGCAUUGAUUAAUGAACCAAAGUAACUGUGUGUCCUUUGUAAAGCUAUGCCAGUCAACCACACAUUCUAAUAACCUCUGGUAUAUUAGAAGAGUAACUCUGCAAACAAAGCCAGUAAUUUAAAAACAAGUCUGGCUUCCAAACCAGGCUGCCUUUUCUUUUGAUGGCUGAACUCUCCAGCAAAUCAUCUGGUAUAAAGACAGUCAACGACCCGUGUCAUAAUGUAACAUUCUAGAGCAGUGUCCAGAUGGUAUCUGCGAUGCUGUUUAUUGUUCAUGUUUGUUGUUCAAAUAGGCUCAUUUUUGCAGCUUGUUCUCUUAUUCCCUUGCUAUAAAGGCAAUUUCCACAUAGCACCAAUAAGAUGGAAGGACCCUUAAUAGUUAGCCAUGAAGCAAAUUGCGUCUAAAAUGGAAGCAUUUUGCCUCUGGUUCAGACGCUUAUACAUAAUGUGACUCAUAUAUGUAUCAAGCUGAGCGAAUUGCUUCAAUUGCGACUAAAUGUUUUUUUCCGUUGAUAGCAGAUAAAGACCCAGGUUUUGGGUCUUAUCUUGCUGUCAUAUCUCACAUGGCAUUUUAGUGUAUGUGGGAGAGGGGAUUCCUGCGCUAUAGAAAUGAAGAGUUGAGAAAGUACAGUGGUUUCAAUAACUCAGUGCCCCCCCCCCUCCCCCCCAAAAAAAAAUUUCAUA